UGCGGUUAUUUUACAACAGCUACAGUUGUCGUGCAGUUUUUGUUUUACAUUUCUUUUGACGUUAUCAAAGGAUUGUUCUCCAGCAGACAUAUAGCUCACGUUUAAUUGAGUGAAUCAGCAUGUUUUUUGUCUUCAUCUUUUUUAGCAAAGGCUAAGCAGCUAACCGGGGUUGAGCAGGUUUGCUAACUUAACUUUCAUGUCAAAACCCCCCAAAAAGACAAAGAUGGAGAUAGAGAUGACUUCUUCAGACUGGCAACUGUCUUUGAAGCUGGUGGAUCAGCCCAAAUCCAUCUUCCACUUCCCAGACAUGAUGCCGGGGGAUGUUCCUCCUGGAGGAUACAGGAUCGCCACUUUAAAGCAACUUGUUGCAGCACAGAUCCCAGACUCUUUCCCAGAUCCUGAACUAAUAGAGCUGGUCCACUGCGGGCGGAAACUUAAGGACGACCUAACUCUGGAUGCCUGUGGGAUUCAACCAGGAUCCACCUUACACCUCCUUAAAAAGACUUGGCCAGAGUCAGAACACAAUUCAGAGCCUGUGAACAGAGCAACUGCAGCCAGGGAGUUCAGGGUGUUUCAUGCAGCUCUUCACUCUCUCAACUCUGCCUACAGAGACUCAGUAUAUAAGAUGCUGACGAAUAAAGAGUCUCUGGAUCAGAUCAUCGUGGCUACACCAGGACUCAAGUCAGACCCAAUUGCCCUCGGGGUGCUCCAAGACAAAGAUCUCUUCGUGCAGUUCACAGACCCGAGCAUGCUGGAUGUAUUGAUGAGUUCACACCCGGCGCUCGUCAACGCCAUCAUCCUGGUCCUGCACUCUGUGGCAGGCAGCAUGCCCGCUCAGUCCAGUGCCAGCUCCUCUCGUAAUGUGUCUGCCAGUUCUUACAGUGAUAUGCCAGGGGGUUUCAUGUUCGAGGGCAUGUCUGACGAUGAGGACGAUUUCCAGUCGGGAAGCCCGGCAGGUCCCUCGCACAGAGCAGGAGGCUCAGCCGGGAUGCGACCGGUGUCUCUGAGUCACAGUGGAGCGACGGGCCCUCGACCAAUAACGCAGAGCGAGCUGGCAACAGCUCUGGCCCUCGCCAGCACUCCGGACAGCAGUGCAGUCACUCCAACAACUUCAAGCCAGGCGGACCCCUCCAGUGGCGUAGCCCCUAUGCCAGCAGGGACCCCAGUCAGUAAUGACCUCUUCAGCCAGGCUCUACAACAAGCUCUGCAAGCCUCCAACAUGUCUGCUCUGCAGGGCCGCUGGCAGUCCCAGAUGCAGCAGCUCAGGGACAUGGGGAUCCAGGAUGAGGAGCUGAUGCUGAGGGUGCUGCAGGCCACAGACGGUGACAUCCAGGCUGCCCUGGAGCUCAUAUUUGCUGGAGGCCCAGGACUCUGAGACAUUACCCCACGUACAAAGGCUUUUACAGAAGAGAGAGCAGGAACAGGCUCGUCAUCCUGCUGCUCAGAGAUGAUAAAUUAUGGCUUUGGACAUACAGUAUACAGAUCUUUUAUUAUUACCCUGUUUACUCCGGUUUACAGUAUUACAUCUGAGUUCCACAAAGGUCAUGACAGCUUUUUGUUAUUAAUGUGAUUAGACUUGUAAUAAAUGUGAUCAUGCUUACCUUAUCAA